AUGGUUACUCGCGUAGGCGCCAGACCGGCGAUCGCGGCCUCCUCGAGCCCUCCACAUGUUUGGGAGAGAUCUCAGGUCGAUUAUGAUGCAGGUGUCUUCAACACGCGCAAGCGACCACAGCCAGACGACUGUCCUGUCGAUUACAGCACGGCCCACCGCUCCUCGAAGAGAAUCAAGCGCAGACCUAUUGUCAGUGUAGGCACAAAUCCCACCGAGCCUCACCAGGAUCAUCUUGCAGCGAUUCGUUUGACCAAGUGCGCCUUGGAAGAGCUGGAUCGACGGAACACUGAAGCCAAUAAAGCGUCCUCAACCCCUCAAGAAGUACCCGGCCGCAUUACCAGCCACGGAGCAUCUAGGCUCACGUCGAGUCACGAUGCGGAUCUUCCUGCGGCAGACUUUGUCGCGAACAGUAGAAGGAGCAUAUUGGAAGAACUGAGGCAGUUCGCAAGACUCGGUGGUCCAGACCUGUCAGAUAUACGAGGGAGUCAUAUACCAAUCCCUCGUUUACGUCCAGAGUUAUCCAUGUCUCAACCCAAACCUAUACCUGCUGGCCGAGAACGUCCGUCUGACCCCUUGCCGGGAAACGAAGUGGAUGACGAAGGGGAAGAAGAAGUGGACGUUGAAGAGCUGGAUGACGAAGAUCUGGAUAGCGAAGAAUUGGAUGAACUGGAAAUGAUGCAACGAACAACGAUCACAGUGUUAAUGGCAGCGCUUGUAAUACUGUACGACUUGUGA